CGCCUCCUCACCACCAAUCCCUCCCAACACAAUUCACCUCCUUCUCUCACACUCUCACAAUCCUUUUUGGGUUUUUUCUUCCAAAACCCUAGCAAAAUCCCACCCCAUUCGCAAUGAAACGUGCUUGGCGAUUCACUUCAGAAGCCGCACAAGCUUCCAGAUUCAACGAACCACGCCCCCGAUCAAAUCCCAAAUCCAUUCCCUUUCUCCACACCGCCAAAUUCACCCAACGACGGACGCCUACCCUGCAACACCCCAGCAUAGUACUCGACCUCGUUUCAUUGUUCAAAGUCUCUAUUCCACCUUACGAAAAGCAUCUCGUCGAUGAAGUCGCGGUUUUGAAGAAUAAAUUGCUUCGUGAAGCUUCUGAUUCCGUUAGGGUUGCGAGCAUUUUGGAAGAUAAUUCUGAAUCUCUGAUUCGCUCUCAUCCGGUUUUUCUUGAGCUUUUGAAUCAAUUGAAUUCAAACCCUUCUCUUUUACUAGAGGUGUUUAAUUGGAGAAGGAAGAGGCAUGUUUCUGAAUUUGAUGCUUGUAGGAAUUCCAUGAAUGCACAUGAAUAUUCCAAGGGUAUUAAAGCGGCGGGAAGAUCUAAGAAUAUUGAUCUUGCUGUUGAGCUUUUUAGGGAGGCGGAAAAGAAAGGUGUGAAGAUAACCAGCACUUACAAUGCACUCAUGGGUGCUUUUAUGUUCAAUGGUCUUGCGGGUAAAUGCCACGCUUUGUUUCUUGACAUGAAAAAUGAUCCAGUUUGCUCUCCUACCGUUGUUACAUACAAUAUUGUUAUAUCUGUUUUUGGUCGCUUGAUGCUAAUUGAUCACAUGGAAGCAACAUUCAAGGAGAUGAGUGAGUUACGCCUCUCACCUAAUAUAUCGACUUAUAAUUAUUUACUUGGUGGAUAUAUCUCCACCUGGAUGUGGGAUGAUAUGGAAAAAGUUUAUCAAGUGCUAAAGUCUGGCCCUGUUGCGCCUAAUAUAAAAACCUACCUCUUAAUGAUUCGUGGAUAUGCACACCUUGGUAAUAUGGAGAAGAUGGAAGAGAUAUAUUCAUUGGUAAGGGAUCAUGUAAAUAAAAAUGAAAUGGCGAUUCUUAGGGUUAUGAUAUGUGCCUAUUGUAAAAGUUCUGAUGCAGAUAAAAUGAAGAAAGUAGAGGCAUUGUUAAAGUUGAUCCCUGAAAAAGAAUACAGACCUUGGUUAAAUGUGUUGUUGAUUAAGCUUUAUGCCCAGGAAAACUUGUUAGAGGAAAUGGAGACUGCAAUAAAUGAGGCGUUUGAGCACCAAACCGCUGUUACAACUUCAGGCAUUAUCAAGUGCAUAGUUACAGCUUAUUUUCGGUGCAACGCGGUAGAAAAUCUUGAGAAUUUUAUAAGACGUUCUGUAUAUGCGGGGUGGAGAAUCUGCCACUCCUUAUAUCAUUGUAAGCUGGUCAUGUAUGGCUCACAGAAGAACCUUAGAAAAAUACAAAAUGUCCUUGAGGAGAUGGAUGAUAUCAACAUGAAUCGCAACAAGAGAACACUUUGGAUAAUGUACAAAGCUUACUGGAAUUCUGGUCAGAAAUCCAUGGUUUUGAAAAUAUUGGGACAAAUGUUCAAGCAUGGUUAUACAAUUCCCAAUGACGCAUUUCCGUCAUGAUUUAUAUUCCUGAGGUCCAUCACAUUUCAUUACUGUAGCUAUAAGCACACUCACUAGAUAAAAGUGAAGAAGUUCAUUACAAUUGGCAGGCAAAGGGACACGCAGCUCGUUGAGAAUUGAUUUGAUGAUUGGAUUGCAUUCAAGGAAAUUCUUUAAUUAUGGUUGUACAUGGCGUUUCUAUUAGUUUUUUUUUUUUGAAAAUGAACUUCUUCAGCGGGUUUACCAUUGCAAAUAAUCUGCAGUGGUGUAGUUGACUGUUUCUGAGGCGACCGGUUCCAAGAUCUUUUACUCUCGGAGUGGUCUUCUAGGUGUUUUCUUUGCCAAUUGAAAUUGUAUUAAAGAAGAGGUUUAAGGAAGGUUGACGGUGAAAGUAAUCAGGGACAGUUAUGGGUCCCUCUAGACUGAAAGCCAUAACCAGGGAAGAAAUGAAAAUCAAUUCAAGUUAGCGAAGGAUUUUUCAGGGUAUACAUAAUCCAUGCUCUCAACUUGCUGCUAGUUACCAACAGAAGCAGUCCUUGUAUGGAGGAAUCUACAACAAUUUUGAGGACUAAAUUUAAUCAAAUGAAUUCAGUACUCACUUAAUACCUUCAAGGUUGAAUGAGCCAGUGCAGAACAUGGCCUCUUUUGUGAUGGAAGCAAGUAGUUCACGAAGGUAAUGGUGGAAGACACAGUAAUGAAGAAACUCUUGCUCAGUCUCAAAUUCUGCAAAUAUGUUUUCUUUACAUUGUUUCUGAAUUGUGAGUUCAAUUUCACAGGUGAAAGAUACUUGAAACCCUGGACAAUUCCACAGCCCAGAAGUCAGUAAAAGAGAGUGAAUAAGCCUGUGGUGUACAUUAUUUGAACAAGAAUCCUUUGGCUUAAGAACGUCUACGAUUAUAUCAAUAUGACAAGGCAAUGUAGUUGAACCUGCUGCUCAUUAUGCUGCAGAAUACACCUCUGUUAUUGUUAUAUCACUGCACAAUGACAAUUGAAGAGAAAAACAUAAUAUAGAUACUCUUCAUUAGGAAUAUUUACAGAUAGAUAUACUACAUUUUUUUUGCAAGUAUUUAUGAAUUAGUAACAUAUAUGUAUUUGACAUUUAAACAUCUUUACAAUUAAGUAUUGUUGAUCCUUUAAAAUAAUUUCA